AUGUCCCAUGUAGGGCGAAACCGGCCCUGCUACUUCCCCGUCCCCUUGCGGGCGGCGCGGCGGUUUCAGUCCUUUUUGGGCGGCCCCCGGCCCAUUUCGCCGCCCGCCCGGGGCCCGUUUUCGCACCCGUUGGCGCCGCCCGACCCCGCCGCGCGGAAUAUCGCCCUGCCGCGGGCCUUCCACCGCCCGCGCGGGGCGGAGGCCCCCCCCGCGGCCCUCCAAAAACGCGCCCAGCAGGCCCUUUUACGCCAGCUCCAGCAGGAGGUGUUGUGGGAAGGGGCGGUGCUCGACCAGCCCGAGCACCACCUUAUUCGGCACUUUCUUAAGCUUCACGGCCUCCCCCGCUACCGCCAGGCCCGCGGGAUGAUGGUGGUCGGGGGAAAGGAGAUGCUCCGCGAGCUCUGCGGCCGCGGCUUCGCCCCCCGGCAUCUUCUUUUAACCGCCGGGAAGCCGCUGCCGGAGUGGGCGGCGCGGCUUCGCGAGACGGCCGUCGUUCGCGUGGCGCCGUCCCUGGCCUCGACGUGCGCGCCGGGGAAUGAUGGGUACCUCGGCGAUUUUGACAUCCCGCCCCCUCCGUUGAAGGAGCGUUUGAUUGCGAACCCACAUCGCCUGCGGCGGGUUCUGGUCUUGGACAACGUGGACGAUCCUGGGGUGUUGGGGGCCGUCUUGCGAACCGCCGUGGGCUUUCAGUACGACGCCGUGAUCGCGACCAAUCAUUGUGCGGAUUUGUACGACCACCGGGUGGUCCGCGCCGCGCGGGGGGUUCACUUCCAGGACGGCGUCCCCCUUUACACCCUGCAGGAGGAGGACGGCGAUGAUGUUUAUGGCAUGCUGAACCACGUCAUCGAGCGCAAUAACCUCCUGCCGCUGGCUUUUUCGCCCCAGGAGGACCACCCCAGCGGGUUGAAUCCUGCGGGGCAGGGGGUCUUCGUGUCGAGCGUUGUCGGGGCCGCGCCGGUGGCGAUCCCGGCCCGGGGAAUUUCCCCCCCGAUCGACCACGCCCCUCCCAGGGAGUCCUUGUCGGCCUUCGCGCUCAACCGGUUUGCCCGCCACGCGGACGGGAAGGAUCGGGGCUAUCUCCUCAUUGCCGGCCCCAACCACACGCGGAAUCUCAUGCAACGGCUCGCCCGACGCGUCGGGCGGCCCACGACGCAAUUACUCCUCGAUAGUAUGCCGCCCUCGCCGGAUCUCCUGCUCUCCCUUUCCAUUGUUUUGCAUGAAUUACGGCCGAAUGGUCAUUGGGAUUACAUGCCCGUCGAUGAAAAGCACGAGGCGUCUUCGAUGGCGCUGCAAACCCGCCGGGCCUCGGUGGAGAUCGGGCCUAACCGGCUUUCGCUCGAUGCACGAAGCCUCAGCCUUGACGAACGCGCGCAAAUCCAACUGGCGGACACGCGCAACGCGUUUAAAAAAUGGCAACGCCUCCACAAAAGAAAGAAGGGCGACUAUGAGAUGUGGAUGGAUGCCGAAACCGCCCGUGUGCAGGCCCUUCAGCAGAAUGAAAUGGAAAGCCGUCUAUUUCCCUUUGAUUCGCGCCGUCAUCGUAAGACGGGCUUGCGUGGGGCGAAAGGCAUGCCAGGCUGGGUGCCGAAUAUCGUGGAUGAGUACCGAAUGCCUUUGGAUCGCGAUCGUUUAAGGAAGGAGCGCGAAUGGGCGGAAACCUUUACACGGCCUCCUAAUUAUUUUAAGAAGGAAGCCAAACAUCCACCUACCUCGACGACCUAA